AUGGGGCGACCUCUGGGCCUUGGAGAUGAUACUUUCGACCUGCGCCUGCCACAAAUGACAGAUGCUCAACUCCAACUUGUCAGCAGCAAUACUAUUUCUGACGAAUUUAACGAUAUUGCAACAAUGUCAUAUUCAAUCCAGACGUUCAAAAUGGUCAGACUAAUAUCAAGAAUAAAGGCUGAACUAUACCGACUGCCUGGUAAGGUAGGGUUGAGCACGCAGCCUGCUGAUGUACAGAAUGGAUUACGGUUGGAACUGGAUCGAUGGCUCGCCGAGUCGACGUCAGUUAUAUCCACAACAGUCCCAGAAAGCCAGCGCCUCCGCCUCUCAACAAAGCUACAAAUCCACUAUCAAGGUGCGAUGGCUCUUCUUUACCAACCAUCCCAGGCCAUCACACAUCCAAGCGAGGAUAGCUUAAAAAUCUGCUUCGCAUGUGCCACUAAGCGACUUCAGUUGUAUGAAACUCUCUACGAUUCCGGAGCCUUGUGCCACAGCUGGCGCACAGUUCAAGACAUGUUCCUAGCUGGGGCAACAAUAAUGUACUGCGUUUCGAUAUCUCCUGCAGUUCGCAACUCGGUUUCCAUCCUGAGUCUCUCUAAGGACUUUCGCGCGUGCUCCAGUAUGCUCAGCGUCGGUGGAGAAUGGUGGCCUGCUAUUCGGAAAGCUAAGAAUAGCCUUGAGCGCUUGUCCAAUCAUAUUUUGGAAAUGUUGACGGUUGCUUCGAAGUCUGACGAAGAACGCAGAUCAGGACGGCAACCAUUCCCAGACGACUACAUGCCCGGCCUGGAGACUUGGGGCGCGCCAGAAGCCACAGGGCCCAAUGAUGUCCAGCAGAUGUUGUUGAAUGUGGUCAAUCAUGAUGGAAUAUUGAUAGACUUCUUCGAUGAUUCUCUUACGAAAGUGCUCAUGGAUGGUCUGCAUGAUCGAUCGGGACUCCCAGACGAUCUUGAUCCUGCAUUCUGGGGUCAAUAUGAUCACAAUGCGAACCUUGAUUAUCAAUACGGAGGUUGGGAGUGA